UUCCGGUUACUGACAGAAACAUGUGCAGAGAUGGCUUCCCCGAGUUUAGAGCCGGUUCUGGUGGGUUUUUGUGACGGGCAGCUCGACAUAAAACGACAUCAGGCCACUUUUAUAACCAAUAAGGUAGGUGGACAGCCUGAUGUCCCGCCGCCACUGUCCCACCACUUUCCCCGCUGUAGUCGCUGCCAAUCAACGUUGGUUCACGUUGUCCAAGUUUACUGCCCACUGGAGGGGUCGCCUUAUCACCGGACCCUGCACGUUUUCGCCUGUCUUGGAGAUGACUGUAGUGGUCGGUCCGAGUGCUGGAGAGUCCUUCGCUCUCAGUGUCUGGAAACGGACACUGCCAGACUCCCCACGCCGCCUCAGGAGCGGUCCCUUUCGGCUACUGACUGGUGUGACUCCGCCGAUGACUGGGGAAUGGAGGAAGAGCAGGGAGGCGAAGGAUCGGGAGCAAACGUGAAGAAACAAGCUCUAAAUGAAACUUCCAAUGGAAUCAAAGAAGUCCCAGCCACUGAAAACAUUGACUUGAGCAGAAAGCUUGAGGAGCUACGAGUUGGAUCUUCUGAGGACGACCCACCUUGCUUUCGCCCUUAUUUCAUCAGCGUUAUGGAAGAGACCGAUCUAUAUGGGGAAGACCAUGACUUGACCCAUGCUCAGGAAUUGCUUAAAGACUAUGAAAAGAGAGAGGGCAUUUCUGUUGACAAGCUAGACUGUUGUGAAGAUGGCAGUGGAGAGGAAAAAUAUGAAAAAACUAAAAUUCGACAUGGCGAUUCUGUGUUUGCAAGGUUUAUGAAGAGGAUUUCAGUUUGUUCGGAGCAGAUUUUGCGCUAUUGUCGUGGCGGUAAUCCUCUUUUCAUCUCCGAGCCACCAGCUAACAUGUCCCAAGUGGUUUUACCAUGCUCUUCUUGUGGAGGUCCCAGGACAUUUGAGCUGCAGCUUAUGCCUGCUUUGGUCAGUCUUCUUCAGGGUGAAAGCUCAGACAUGCAGCUGGAGUUUGGGACAGUCCUGGUGUACACAUGCAUCAAUAGUUGUUGGAGGUCUGACACAAAUAAGGCUAUAGAGGAGUUCUGCUUUGUUCAGAGCGACCCAGAUCAGCAACUGUUUAAAUGAGCGAUUAUAAUUGGGACAUAUAAGCAAAAACAUAGACCAGUUUUUGCAAUUAUUCUCUACUACAGUAAAGUUCAUUUUUAUCGGUAACUAUAUAGUUGAUUGCUACCACUGUGAAAUAAAAACUCACUUAGUCUAUAUAUCUUGUAUUAAGCUAAUUUGUGGAAAUGGUCUACCCUGUCUACCUGUUCAUUAUCCCUCAUCCAGCCCACUGCUAAAAAUCAGACUUCAGCCUUCAUCAUAACUGACAAAAAUAUUUCCUUGCAAAAUAAACUGAUUUCCCAAAAACACAAACAAGCGCACAUUG